ACCUCAGUUGAUAUUGUAACAACUGUUAUUGAUGAUAACAUACCUGAAGUACAGGAGCCCUACUACCUAACGUUAGUAGCUACACGGAUCCUCUCCUCUGGUGUGGGUGAAGCCAUACUGGAUGCUAAUGGAAAUGUUGCCAUUAUAACCAUAAGGGCCAGUGAUGAUCCUUAUGGUGUGGUAGAGAUACUAUCAUCAUCACAACCUAUUGAGGAAAAUGAGUCUGACCAACCAACUGUUACUGUACUGAGGAACUUUGGAUCAUUAGGCCGGAUUGUGAUCACAUACCAAGCUGUCUCUUCAUCAUCCAUUAUUACACUGUUACCUGAUCAAACAUUAGCUACUCCUGGAGAUGAUUUUGAUAACUCUACUAUGACAGUAAUAAUGGAGGAAAAUGAAGCAUCAGCAACAAUUAUAAUUCCAGUAAUUGAUGAUGAUAUCCCAGAGUUGUCUGAGGUGUUUGCUAUUCAGUUGCUAUCAGCUUAUCUUGAGUCAGACCCAUCAGUAUCAGUUCCACUCAAUCCUAACAGCACACUAGCACUGAUCACUAUAAACCCCAAUGAUAAUCCAAGUGGAAUGUUCCAGUUUACAAUGAAUGAAUUGACAGUAUCAGAAGAUGCUGGUAUCAUUGAUAUAGAAGUGGUUCGUACAGGUGGAUUGUUUGGAUCAGUUACUGUAAUGUUUCAAACUGUUGGAGACUUAAAUGACUUUACUCUCAUAAAUACGAGCAUUGUGUUUGCUAAUGGAGAGAGCAGUAAAGUUGCUAAAUUGAACAUUAUUAAUGACAAUAUGCCAGAGUUGGAUGAGUCAUUUGAUGUACAAAUAUUUAGUGUCAGUAAUGAAGGAACAAUAGGAAACAACAAUUCAUUAACUGUUACUAUUAGUGCUAAUGAUGAUCCUAAUGGAAGGUUUGGAUUCUCACCCUCUUCUCUCUCAGUGUCAGUUGAGGAAGCUGGAGCUGUAGUUAAUGAUGACAAUAUUGCUGAGUUAACUGUUAUAAGAGAGGGUGGUACCUUUGGUACUAUUACUGUACCAUACAUGAUUGAAACAGCAGGAGCUAAUGACCUCACUCCUACUAGUGGACUGCUAGUAUUUCAAGAACAUGAAACUCAACAAGUUAUAAGGAUAACUGCAGUAGCUGAUACAGAGCCUGAAAUUGAUGAGACCUAUUCUAUCUUCCUUGAGACACCGAUCAGUCCAAUUGCAAACGGUAGCAGUCUUAUUGAUGACGAGUCGGUUGCCAUGAUAACAAUUCCAGCCAAUCAGAAUCCUUAUGGCACAUUUGAACUUUAUGCACCAAACAGUCUCUCAUCUCUGUCUGUUGAAGAGGAUGUUGGUACAGUGAGAUUGGAGCUAAGGAGAACCACUCCUUCAUUCAAUGACAUAAUAGUUCACAUAGCAACACUUAGUGAUAGCAGUAUGAUGACUAAUGACACUAACGGAACUAUUGACUAUACACCUGU